AUGCCGGAUGCAACUGGCCCCACAGUGAAGGAGCAGAAGGCGCUGAGGACUGAAGGACUGAUGCAGGGGUGUGAUGAUCCUAUCUACCUCAACGUGAUCGGGCUUUGCACGGAGAACUACAUCCUGGACAAGAUCUACGUGGUGCAGCAACGGUGCGCGAUCUUCAUGGUCUUCAUCAAGAAGGUGGUCCUCAUGGUGGAGUGCAAGGGCAUGGAACUUUGGGUGUCGCACCUAUGCCGGCAUCUUGGGAAGCUUCUGGAGGAGGUGGCGGCGGAAAAGCUGAACUACCUGUAUUGCCGAAUGGUGCAUCGACUGGGUGCUGAGAGUAACUCCCUUGGGACUUCAUCUAGUGCAACCUCGGAGGUGGAUAAGGGGGGAGCUCCAGCUGCCACUCCUGUCGAUGUGGAACUUCACAAUGGAUGUCCCUACGUUGCUCAUGAAUUUGGGGCAAAGCUGCUGACGGUGUUGGAACAGCAUCAAAUUCAACAAGAGCUGAAAAAGAUGACCUUGAAGUCAAUCUUGACAAGAGGGGCUGCCGGUCUUGGCAACAACAUGAGCAUUGAAAUGGCAAUGCUUGUCAAGCUCAAGGAGGUCAUGCCGACUUUGCCUGAAGAUUUGGCGUUGAAGCUGGUCCCAGAUCUCUCAGUGCUCACGGACCCCAACAUCGGCUUGAACCUUCCAUGGAAUCGCAGAAAGCGAAAAAGACUCAUGAUGGCAAAGAAUGUGAUCAUCCACAUGUACAGUGGACCCGAUGCUUCUUACUGGGAGCGGCGUUUGUCAAAUGAGCACACUGAGGUGCUGUGCGUGGACUUGGAAGCUUCAACACCUUCAAAUGCUUUGGAUGAAACAACCUUUGCGUUUUUGCUUUCCUUGUGUGCCAGCAAACGUGUCAAAGCUCUACUUGGAGGCCCUCCAUGCAGAACAACAAGUGCUCUCAGGUUUCAAAAAGAUGAUGGUCCACCAAUUCUUCGAACAGAAGAUCACCCAUAUGGUUUGCCAUCAUUGACUCCACAACAAGCUGAAUUGGUCACCAAUGACUCAAUUCUGUGGCUCCGUUUGAUGCUGAUGUACAUCCUCUGCGAAGAAGUGCGUCCAAAAGAACAAGCUCAAACUGCAUUUCUUUGUGAACAACCUCAAGACCCAGCGGAAUACCGCAAGAAGGAGGAUGUGGAUGAGCACCAGUACUUUUCAAUGUGGAGAACUCAGGAAUGGAAAAGCUUCCAAGAAGCCUACAACGCCAAGCUGAUCUCCUUUGAUCAAGGGCUGCAGUUGCUGAAGCAAUCAGCAGAUGGAUUCGCCGUGAAGCGCCUCCACGUGAAGGACCUGAAGAUCCUGUUGGCGUUGUUUACGCCGAUGAUGAUGUCCGACCUGCUGGUGUCGCUGCAAUUGGAAAUGUUGCCCUUCAACAAUGGAAGCAACACUACAUGCAGGACCACAUGCCGGCCCGUCGUGAUUGCAGCCACUGUGUACGUUCUCAAGGUCGCAGUCGAGCACAUCGCCGAGUUUGUCAUCCGGAAGAUCACCCUUUGCCUGGCCUUGAUGACCCUGAGCUCUCUGGUGAUCCUCAAGAACAACAACCUGGAGAUGGUCAACCACCUCAACAACAUGUUGAACGAGAUCAACAACAAGCGAGCCAUGAAGCUCAACAUGAACAAGGUCUUCCUGCAGGUGUUGCACAAGAUGAACCUGAUCCUCUCCAAGAAGAAUCGGCCCGAAGACCCUGAAAUACGUGCUGCUCAAGUGCGAAGCCAUGGCAGCAGAGAGCGUGUUCAUGCUGGUGCAGCUUCUGCGAUGAGUUUUUUGGUGGGGCAGACUCUUUUGUCCGAAGCCGAAGCUUUGGAAAUCAAGGGAGAACAAGAUGAAGCGGAUCCACUUUGGAUUGCUGCGGUGGUUUUGAUGAUCCUUGGGGCAAUCUACGCUGGCAAGCUGGCAGUUCAAGCUGGUCAAUGCUGCAUGCGCCGAUUGCAGGCCCUGCGCGCUGUGGCGGAGAUUUCUUCUGCGGCUGCUGCUGAUGGCGUCAGCGUUGAAAACGCGUUGCAGCGGCGAGCAGCUGAAGUGAGCGAGGCGGUGGGACUCACAGCUGCGGUGGCCAAGGCCUUGAGCGAUGCAAACCUCAGUGCCAAUGUGGUUGCUGCAUUCCACCAUGACCACAUCUAUGUGCCGGCUCCGGCCCCACGCGCUGUGGAGGUCCUGAAAAGCCUGGCAGAGAAAAGACUCUGUGAUGUUCAGGGGAUGGCAUCUGACGAUGAACUCUGGGAUGCUCUGGAAGAAGAGGAUGGUGUUUCGUUGACCGGUCGCUGUGGUGCUCGCAGAAACAAAAAGAUGGCGGGCAAAAGCAGAAGGACAAAGUUCUUUGCACAGCGGCAACAGCUUCCGUGGCCAGCUCCAGCCACUGCAUUGGUGGCAUGCAUUCUAUUCCCCUGCACAGUGGCGCUCAGAGCACUGCAGGCUUGCAUCUCUUCGGGCAUUAUCUCAGUUGUGCAGACGCCCUUGCCGCCGGUGACCUUCCCGUGGAUCGCGUGGCCCAUUUUGAUGAUGGGAGCCUUGUGGUUUAGACACUUGGAGGGUGCGUGGUUCACCUCGGCAGCUGUCACCGGGCGCGCCAUCGCCGCGGCGGCCUUGCUGGGGGUGCUGGACGGCUGCAGCUCGUCCUUGGAUUUCUUCGUGGUACAGGGAUGUGGCAACACCGCCACCAGGCAGGGUAUCGUCCUGGCCAUUCUUCGUGCGCUGGACAUUCCGUUGGCCGCGGGAUUCUCUGCAGUGAUGAUCGCAUAUCAAGCAAAAUUGUCAUAUCCAGCGACAGUUACCAACGCAGUGCUCUUCUCCCUUCCCACUGCUUUCGGCCUUGCCUCGGCCUCGAUCCUCGCCUCCUUCGGCGAAGAUCUCAGCGUCCCCACAGCCUUUUCGACGAAGAGCUGCGGCGAGAAUCUGCUCUUUGCAGCCGUGGCGGCGGCGGCGCUGUGUCGGGCGUUUAGGUGCGCAGCUGGGGCAUUUCUGCUGCAACGUGCUGGCGUGGAGAACUCGGUGGGUGGUCUAUUCUUCGUGGGUGGCUUCAGUGGUUUCUUUGGGUCAAUGCUGGUGCUGCCCAUGAUGUUGGGCCAGAGUCAUUUGGCUUCUUUCAAGGCGGGCAAUUGGAGCGACGUCAUCACACCCUUUCCGGCGUUGCCGGGGUUAGACAAUGGUGAGCUUUGGAGCUUGGAUUUUGCCGUGAUGACAGGUGCCGUUCUCUUCCUGGGUACUGCAGACACCGUUUCAAGACUCGCGGUGCUUCGGCACUCGGACACGCUGACGGCCGCCUCACUGGAUGCGGGGCUGAUGCCCCUGGCCACCCUCAUGGCACGCGCCUGCGGUGCAUCAUUCGGGCUUGGUGCCACCCUACCCACGGAGGCCUUGGCCCUUGUGGUGCUUCUCUUCAGUUUCCUGGUUCAACAUCAGCUGGCUUGGCGCAACUCGGAAGUGUCCAGCCUCGACAGUUUGACGCGUGCGCCGGUGCUACUGGGCCGUGCUGUAUAUGGACCGGAAGGGCGCCGCAAGCUGCGGGAUGUGUGA